AUGACGAGACUUCAAGUAGUCUGGCCAAAGGAUGGCCCCAAGGGGAGCAGGCCUCGUGGAUUUUUUCGCGGUUUUAAUGAUAUAUUGACAGGCAAAGGUCCAGAUAUGUUCCUCCAGAGGGCAAAAAGUACAUCCCGCAUAAGACCUGAGCGCUGGGGAAAUUGGGACUCAUACCAUCAUCGGCCGAGCCACUUCGAGGAAGAGUUCAUGGGUGCCGCCAACCCGCUCUGGAAUUCAUCAAGGGGCUUCAAGCGAUACGAUCCUCACACCAGAAAAUAUCGGAAAUGGUUCGUGGCGGAAGAUUGGUUCGGAGAUGGAGUCGAUGGAAGAGGGAUUGGUAUACGUGGGGCUGGCUACCCUAGAUUUACGAGGGGUGAGGGCAGGAAGAUGCUUCGAAGAUACGCCCAGGGCCACAAAGUCGACCCUUCGAAAAUGGGAAAUGAAUGGAACUCUGAUGGACCUCGGAGGUUCCAGCAAGAGUACGACGGGUUCUGGCAAGAGGCACAUAGAAUUGGCGACAACCGUCGUCAGGGCCUCCCUUUGGGUGAUCCUAUUAAUCCGAACUUCUUUAAUCAUCAAGAACAUCCACUUGAUCUUCCCCAGUGGAUUCGAUGGGAACUUUUCGGGAUUUGAAAUGGAAAUAUGUUAUGGGAAAGCAGAGCUCCUUGCGUCAAAUGACCCAUGACUGAAAGCUUCUCUGAUGUUUGUUGUUUGUUAUGGGAGGCAAUUAUGGGAGGAAUUCUUGUUAUUGAUUGUGCAUAGUACUUGUAGCACAAUUAAACAGCGCGAAAUCCAAACAACCAGUCGAUUUCAC